UCACAGCGUCAGCUAUUUUCGUUACACCGGUAACUCUUCUGUAAGCUACAGGGGGAAAUGGCCGUGUGAAUGUUUUGAGCUUUAGCUAUAAACAGCAAACUUCAACCGAAGGCAACAACGGAUAACACUAGCGCAAUAUACAUACAGAGCAAGAUGGUGCUGGAACGCCAAAACCCUGCCUCAGGCAAGCUUAAACCUCGUAUUUCAAAUAAGGAACGUUUUCACUGCGUCAAUCCAGAGAUUAACCUGCCACUGUACCCGGCAUUAAAGAACUGGCUUCCGUGUAAUCAUGAAUAUCACGUCUGUGACUACAAGACCAUAAGGCAGACGCAGGACCAUAUAGAUUUCUCUGCCACCUUGAGAAUGAGUAUAUCUACUGUUGAAGAAGUACAACAGUGGGUGAAAGACUCGACCAUCACCUGGAGGAUUGAUCGAACCAGACCACCUAAAGGACAGAGAGUUAUAUUUAAGGUGGACUACAGAUGCCACCACAACACAAAACCAAGAAACACCAUGGAACCAUCUGGGAGACGGACCAAAAACACAAACUGCCCUGCGAAAAUGAGCAUAACUCUCCAUCGCCCACAGGGAAGCAAUGGAAGGCAGUGUCGGAGCACAGAUCCUCACAUGCCAACUUUCCCAACACUUGUGCACAUCACCAAUGAGCACAAUCACAACUUGCACGUACCGGAUGCAUUGAGAUACAAGGAUGUUGGACCAGAAGCCAUACAGAAGUUAAAGAAGCUUUUUGAAGCUGGUCAUUCGCCAUCUACAGCCCUGGAUGUUUUAAAAUAUGACCUCCAGCUCGAACUUGGAGAGGAUUAUGCAUAUGCAUCAGCAGACAGAUCCAUCUGCCCUGACAUACAGUUCUGCUACAGACUGUACCACCAAGUUUCUAAGACGCUAAGAGAAUCCAGUCCAUCUUCCUCCGUUCUCCCCAGCCAAGAGCCAACCUGGGUGGCAGCUGAUCCAACAGGACAGACAUGCAUCAUGGAGCACGAGAUCGUCACCACGGAAGUUUCAGAGGUGGACAAUCCCAUUGACAAGCUGAAGUCGUGCUUGUCUGAUCUGUGCGACAUCAUUGAGAAACAGCCGAGUGUGUGGUCUGCAACACAGGACUUCAUUAAGGGAAUUGAACGGGUCCAGCACAACCCUGUGAAGCUAGCGUCAGCCAUGCAUGCGUUUGGUCGCUACAGCUGUCUCCUAAUGAAGAAAAGGGCUAAAACUAUGCGUAGAGGUUCUCAGUGUGCUGGACUUGCCAUCACUACUCAGCCUACAGCAGUGACCAGGAGGAAGACGAAGCUUGGAGGGAGGCGACGGCUGACGGUUGGAAGACAGAGCAACACAACUUCGGGGCCAGACCACGAGUACAGUCAGCCAGAAAAAAGACAGAGAUGCUCAGGGCCUCAUGGCUAUUCACAUGGCAUGGCAAAAACCAAAUAACUACAUUUGCUUUAAAGAUUUUGUUUUAGUAUAGCAGUUGUCCCGUCACCCAUUUGCCUGAGAGGAGGUAGACUUGAGCUUGAGUGCUAUUUGAUAUGGGUGUAUUUUGUUCUAUGUAUAUAAUUUUUUACAGACAUUUAAAAUGGGCUUGCUUUCAAAUUCAUUUUACACACCUCACCUCUCUCCAUGUCUCAAAUUAUGCCCACAAUAUUCUUAAAUCUGCACUUAUAUUUUUGUAUAUCCUGAUUUUUUGAGAUUUAGCAGAAUGGCACAACUCUCACUCUCUGCUGUAAUAUCUGAAUUCACAUUUCAGUAGCUCUAUACUUCUGGCAUAUAAAAAUAUACGAAUAGAAAUUUGACUUUGCUCUGUAUAAGAAUGUUUCAUUCAAACAUACAGGUUAAUGCUGUUUCAGUGAAAUGAGCUGCAGUUACCUGCUAUCAUCAUGUAUUCUGCAACUACAAAACUUCACAAGCUUCACCUUUUUUCACAGUCUGACAGAUUGACACUUGGACCGAAGCUGACUUGUGGAGAGAAACAAACAAAAGCUUUGGAAAAUGAUGCAAGUUUGUGUGUACAUGAAUGUACUGUAUUCUGUAAAUGAAUCCAGUAAGAGGAAAAGAAUCUUUGUUAAACACAUCACUGCUCUUGAAAACCGAGUUAGUAGAAACAAAUGAGUUUCUGUGUUGAAAAUGUGUAUCUGGCAGUGCCAUUAAAUAAGUGCAUUACAAAAAUGCUGUUGUGAAAAAGAAGUAACAGGUUUUGUUAAAUGAGCAGUUGAAAAAUA